AGAGCUCUUCUAAUUCCCCUACCUCAUCGGUGAAGUUGAGAAUCUGAUCCGCCGUAGGUUUCUCAAAAAAAAAGUUCAGAAUCUGAUAAAACUUGCAGCCUUCCAUUGUUCGUAAUCCACAAGUCAGAAAGGAGCUCUUGAUAAGCAAGCACUUCCAGUUACCUCUCCCAAGAAGUGUUCUUUUCUUCAGAACCCAACACAAAACAAGCAUCCGAACCUUUACCCCAUGGAUCGCCGCCCAAUACCUCUGAUCCAUAUGCAUCUGAUACGAAACGAAAGCCACCACACGACUCCCAGUUUCUCCUCGUGUGCAUCCUGCUCCGAUCCAGCAGGAGGAGGAGGAGCAGGCUGCCGCGAUGGGCUGCUCCUCGUCGAAGCUGGACGAGGAGGCGGCCGUGAAGACCUGCCACGACCGGAAGAGCUUCGUGAAGAAGGCGAUCGCGCAGCGGGGCCUCCUGGCCUCCUCCCACGUCGCCUACGUCCAGUCGCUCCGCCGCGUCUCCAUGGCCCUCUUCUACUACUUCGCCGAGGACGAGCACCUCUACUUCCUGCAGGAGCAAUCGUCGUCGUGCCUGCACCGCCCGAGCUCGCCGGAGAAGAAGGUUCUUGUCGUCAACCGCCUGAGGCCGGCGGGGGCUCCGGUGCAUCCGGUGGUGGAGCAGUGGGACCCAGAAGCCGUCGAGAACGCCACGAUCGACAGAUUCUUCGGGCUCGAUCACCAGUUCUUCCGUCCCCCAUCCAUGGAUCCGAUGAUCGGCACACCGGUAUCGCCGCAGCCGCCGAGAUGGGACCUCUCUUGGGACCCUUUCUCUUCGACGACCGAUCAUCACCUGUAUGCGGAUUACGGCGUCGAAGGCAUAAAGGUCGGUCAGGAAGACGAGCAGAUACCGGAGCUGGAGGAGGAGAGCGAUGACGACGAUGACGACGGUCACCGAGAAGGCAAAGCAGAGGAGGAGGAAGAGGAAGAGGAGGAAGAGGAAGAGGAGGAAGAGGAAGACGAAGAGGAGAGUGAACAGGAGGAUGCAUCAGCACCGGAGGUUGCGCCGCCGAGGGAGGAAGAUGGAAAGGUGGAUCAUGUGAACAAUGAGUUAAGAGUGAUGGUAAGUGGUGAGGUCGAGCAGCAUGGCACCCCUGGCUUCACCGUCUUCGUCGACCGGCCUCCGACGAGCAUGGCGGAGGCCAUGAAGGACAUCCAGGGCCACUUCAUGAAGAUCGUUGACACUGCCAGUGAGGUGUCUCUGUUGCUGGAGGUUGUCCCCUACCAUAGGAGAGUUCAACCACCUGCCCCGAGGGAGGACGGCGAGGAGCAGGGCGCCCCCGAGGUUCCCCCGGAGCCAUUCGAGUUGUUCCAGAGCCACAAGGAGAGCCUUGACAGGCUCUACGAGUGGGAGAAGAGGCUGUACGAGGAAGUCAGGGCAGGGGAGCGAGUGCGUCUGGCGUACGAGAAGAAGUGCGCGCUGCUGAGGAGCCAGGACGCCAAUGGCGCCGAGCCGUACGCCAUCGAGAAGACGAGGGCCGCCAUCAGGGACCUCCGGACCAAGCUCGACAUCUCCCUCACCUCCGUCGACGCCGUGUCGAAGAGGAUCACCGCGGUGCGCGACGACGAGCUCCUGCCGCAGCUCAUGCAGCUCGUCCGAGGGUUGGCAAGGAUGUGGAGGGUCAUCGCCGACGCGCACCGGGUGAUGAGGCGGACGGCCGACGAGGCGACCGCGCUGCUCACGUCGUCGUCAGCCGCCGCCGCCGCCGCCCGGCCGGCUCUGGCAGGCGAAGGAGGCAUCAGGGGCCCGCCGCCGCCUCCGAGCUCGACGCGGGCGGCCGCCGGCGCGGGCGCGCUCGGCGCGGAGCUCCGCGGCUGGCGCGCGGCGCUGGAGGCCUGGGCCGAGUCGCAGCGUGCGUACGCGGCGGCGCUCUGGGGCUGGGCGCGGAGCUGCGUCAAGGACGGCGAGGACAUGCCGCGCCUGAUCGUGGGGUGGGCGCGCGCGGUGGAGUCCGUGGACGUGGACGCGGCGGCCAGGGCCGUGGACGCCGUCGCGGCGGAGGCGGCCGCCAUCGCGACGGCCGCGAAACGGCAGCGCGGCGGCGGCGAGGAGUGGUUCAACGAGGAGGAGGCGAAGAAGAUGGUCUGCCAAGGGAUCACCGCCGCGCUGGCCGCCAUCGCGGAGGCCGGCGGCUUGGCCGUCGUCGCGUACGACGAGCUGGUGCUGGAGAUGGAGAUGGAAGGGAGGGAGCGGGAGAGGGAGAUGGCGGGAAGGGACGAGGAAUCGAUCCAAAACUAAAAUCCUGCGGUUGUGAACCUGCAAGACGUGCAAAGGAUCUGUAAAUGUAUAUGUACAGAACUCACAAAUCACAAUUACAAAAGCAAUUAGGAGUAUGAGAGCUUACCUGAA